AUGCUGCCGGCGCCCGCCCGCGCCCCGCACCGCCCGCCGCGGCGGAGGGGCCGCUGCAAGCGCUGCCACCCGCUCGCCUCGCCCCCGGCAAGCGCCAUGGAGAAGGGAGCCGGCACCUCGGCCACCGGCUCCAUCGCCCUGGCUUCCUCCUCCACGGCCACCUUCAAGGAGGAGCUGCUGUGCCCCAUCUGCUACGAGCCCUUCCGGGAGGCCGUGACGCUGUGCUGCGGGCACAACUUCUGCAAGGGCUGCGUGAGCCGCUCCUGGGAGCACCGGCAGCACGUGUGCCCCGUGUGCAAGGAGGCCUCCUCGCUCGACGACCUCCGCGUCAACCACACGCUCAACAACCUGGUGGAGAUGAUCCUCAAGGAGGAAGGGCAGCGGCGGGGCCGGGCCGCCGCCCUCUGCGCCCUGCACCACGAGGAGGCCAAGCUCUUCUGCCUGGACGACAAGGAGCUGGCGUGCUUCGUCUGCCAGAGCGCCGAGCAGCACGAAGGGCACAAAAUGCGGCCGGUGCAGGAGACGGCUGCGGAUUUCAGGGCGCGCGAGGGUCCUGAGGGCGUCUCCUCCCCGCAGGCCAAGCUGAAGAACAUGGAGACCUCCCUGCGGGACAAGGUGAAGGAUUUUGGGGCCGUGCAUCGCUCCUAUGAGUCCAUCUCCAAGCACAACCAGGUGGAAGCGGCGCGGCUGGAGGAGCAGAUCAGGAGGGAGUUUGAGAAGCUGCACGAGUUCCUGCGGGGCGAGGAGAAGGCGGUGCUGGCCCAGCUGCAGGAGGAGACGCGGCACAAGCAGGGCCUCAUCGAGGGCAGGAUGAAGCGGCUGUCGGAGGAGAGCCGGGCGCUGCUCAACGAGGCCCGCCAGCUCCAGGCUGACCUCAAGGAGGACGACUACACCUUCCUCAAGACACACAAGAACCGCAAGCGCAGGAUCGCCUGCACGGCCGAGGAGCCAGAGGCUGUGCCCUCGGGGAUGCUCAUCAACGUCGCCAAGUACCUGGGCUCACUGCAGUACAACGUCUGGAAGAAGAUGCUGGACAUCAUCACCGUAGUCCCCUUCAGCUUCGACCCUAACUCAGCGGCGGGCUGGCUCUCGGUCUCUGAGGACCUCACCAGCGUCACCAACGGGGGCUACAAGCUGCUGGUGGAAAACCCCGAGCGCUUCACCUCGGCGCCCUGCAUCCUGGGCUCCCGCGGCUUCUCCACCGGCUUCCACACCUGGGAGGUGGAGCUGGGCGGCAUCACGAACUGGCGGGUGGGGGUGGCCCGGCCGCGCGGCGGCACCCACUGGACCUUCCACCACGACGCCCGCUCCGGCUUCUGGUACAUCUACCGCCUGCCCGGGGCCGACGGCGAGACGUGCCGGGCCUCCAACUCGGCCCGCUCGGAGGCGGCGCUGGGCGACCUGGUGCGCGUCCGCGUGGAGCUGGACUGCGACGAGGGCGAGCUCUCCUUCUACGACGCCGACCGCCGGACCCACAUCUACACCUUCCACGAGAAGUUCAACGGCACGGUCUUCCCCUACUUCUACGUGGGGGGGACGCCGGUGGACGCGGUGCCCGAGGCGCUCCGCAUCUGCCCCCUGCGCGUCCGCGUCCACGAGGACGUCCCCGUCUAGCGGGGCCCGGCCGCCGCGCUCGCCUCGCCCGCCGCUGGUGCUCCCGGGUGCCUACGCGCGCCGAAAGAGAACGGGAGGAAGAAAAGAAUGUCUGCGCGCGUUGCCUCCUUUUUUAUCGUUAAUAAAGAGCCUGUCGUUCCGGU